CUCCGCACUGUGCCUGCUGCCCGGAGUACCGUCUCCAACGAAACAGACAGCCCGAGGCUGCAUUUCAGGGUGCUCUCUCUCAAAUGAAUCCUCGCAGGCGCACCACCGUCCAUGACCUCGCCGCUCUACGCCUUCACCGGGACGGCAAGCGCGUGCUCAAUUCUGACACAAACCGUUCCUCGCGUCGUGCCAAGUAUGCAACUCAUGAUUCGCGCGGCAACUGGAUUGCGCAGGACGCGGGGGGGCUGGCCAACGUGAAACAACGCCGCAGCGCUCCUCAUCUUGAGAACGACGACGAGCCUUCCGAGCCCGAAGAGAACGAGGAUGCUCCAGACGGGACACAACCUUCUCCGUCAAGUAGCAAGGGGAAGGGCCGUGCGCACGAAGACGAGGAGGCCGAGGACGAACCCGGGCGUAAACCCCGGACGCGGAAGAGACGGAGGUUUGACGAAGACCUUAGUUACCUCGCCUCCGUCUCUACCCCCGCUCUUGCUUCAUCUGCGGAUGUCGAGAACCCGGAUUUCCGCGGCGAAGAACAAGAACCCGAAGCGCGGCGUGUCCCUUCUUCAGACUUGCUGAAAUGUCUGCACUACUUCGCCAGCACGUAUUAUACCUCUAUGGGACAACUUCAAGACGCGACCCGCGAAUUUCGCAAACAGAGAAAGGCACGCCGACUUGAGAAGGCUACCGCAGCUCGCAAAGGGGCGACUUCCAGUCGUACACAGCCUGAGGGUGCCGAUCCACACGAGGCAGCACACAGCUCGGGCGAGGAGGACUUUGAGCUAAGCGGGGAUGAAAUGGAUGCCCCUCUGGACGAUCCUCCUGUGGCUGAGCAAGGCACAGGGACAGGGACGCCAACAGCUAGACCACCCCGCAAGAAGGGGCCAAGACAACUGCGACCCAUGGAGAAGGACAUGUAUAAGAUCUUUGACGGCUCGGCUCUGAUGGCACUGGGCAUGUUAUUCCAGGAACAUAUUUCUGAGGUGCUUGAACCCACAGCGCAGGACGAGUGGGAGAAGGAGAUGUGGAAAGGAGAGCGAGAGGAGAGGGCGGAGGCAAGGAAAAUGCGCAAAGCGAAAGACCAGUGGACGAAACGCCAUACUGUGAAGGACGGUUCGGAAGAACCUGCAAAUGCGGAGGAGGUUCGUUCGGACUCAGGUGAGGAACGGCGGAGUGGUGGCGACACAGACAGCGAUGAAGAGGUUGACGUUGAAGAUGAAGACGAUGUCGAGCGGUCCACGCGGCAUUCUGUGCUCAAACAAAGCUCUUCUGUCCCGGUUCUUCAGAGUAAUGAUGACAGUGACGAAUAG